CAUCAUCAGUUGAGUCCAGUUGUGCCCGGUGGUCGCUUUGCAGUGCAGUGUCGUCUUAUUUUGUCCCUACUUCUACGAGAACCCUUUCUGGCUCGUGCUAAAAGAGACCGAAGAUUUCGAGGUUGUAGUAAUAUUCUUUGCAUGCGGUGACAUCUCAGUGAUUAAGUUCCCUAUUUUUGCCCGUGGCUGGCUCCCUGUCGCUGAACCAGUUAUAUGGAGCCUCCUUCACCUCUCAACAUGUCUGCCUACACACAGUUUGGAUACCCAUACCCCAGCCCAGCCUCACAGCUCCUAGUCAGUCAAGCGAGCGGGGGUACGACAGCGAGCAGUGGGGGCGGCUGUUGUGAAGGCGGACGUACGAUCAUGACAGACCCUGGCUCAGGUCAGCCCAUCUGCUCAUGCCAGUACGACAGACUCGCCCUGGGCUCGUACUCGAGGCUGGGUUCGGGUCUAGGCGCCUCUGGGGCGGUCUACGGGUCCACAUAUCCGUCAUCAGAACAGAGCCCGUAUCCCUCCAUCGGGGUCGAUUCUUCAGCGUUCUACAGCCCUCUCGUGAGUUGA